AUGAAAGAUAAUAAAAUUAGCCCCGACAAUAUUCUCAAUUCAUUAGAUUCGCUUACUUCAAUUGAAACUAUUAAUAAAAAAGAAAAACAUAAUAAUAAAAACAAGAUAGUCAAUAUAUUGAAAUCAUUUAUUAAAAAUUUAAAUUUCUUUGGUAAAAAGACAGACAAUGGUAAACCAAAAGAAGAAUACGGUGGUAGUGACAGGAGUGAUUCAAAGGUAUCAGAAAACGUUGAUUGCAGUGAUAAAAACAAGAUAGUCAAAGUCAUUACAUUGGAUUCAUUAACUAACUUAUCAGAAAAAAAGACAGAUGAUGAUAAAUCAAAAGAAGGGCACGGUGAUAGUGACAGAAGCAAUUCGAAUAUACCAGCAAAUGUUGACAAUUUCUUUAAAAAAAAAAUUUAUGUUGAUAAAGAAAGAGAUAAAAAUAGUAUUGUCUAUAUUGAUGCUAAAAAGAAUUCAUUUACUGAUUUAAAUGAGUUUUUUAAUAAAACAACUGACAAUGAUAAACAACAAGCAGACAAUUUUAAUCUACCAGAAAAAGCCGUUGAUGUUUAUAAAAAUAAUAAUACAGUCCGUUUGUUUAUCGGUUUAUUUAAAGCUUUUAAUGAAAAAAUAGGCAAUGAUGUGAAGGACGAUUUUGUAGAAAAUUUCAAGUAA